UCCGUGCCCCGUCUUUCCACAGCAGUGGUCUGAUAGCGCGGUCAAGCUUCUACUCUGAUAUUAGUCCCGAGUUUAACGAUGAAACAACAACCUGAAACGUGACUGGGCGCACCGAGCAGACGCCGAAGCUGUUGACUGCGGGAUUUAAUUCACCUGGACUCAGGGUAACAUGCGGGGAGACAGCUAAUUACGGAGCUUAAACUGAACGAAAGCUGAAACCACUGAUAUCAACUCAUUGUCUUUCAUAAUGAAGAUGGACGUCUCUUACAACCAGCUAGUGGAAGUGGAGAGGAGACAAGAAGCCAAUAGGAAAGCACAAAUGAACUCCAGGUGUGUGAUAGCUAUGUUUGCUGUGGCGAUGGUGUUGCUGGCCUCUAUGGCCCUCUACAUCCUCUUCACACCGAGGGUCUCCUCCUCCCAUCCAGCUCCGAGCAGCAGCCUCCCUCUGCCACGGGGGGAGUCCUGCUCAGACCCCUGCAAGGUUGUUUUGUUGGAGAGCAUCCCUGAAGGUCUGGAGUUCAACUCCAGCACCGCUCACCCCACCAUCUUCCAGGCCUGGCUCAAUCUGAUGGGCGAGGCCCGCAGCAGUAUCGACAUUGCCUCCUUCUAUUGGACGCUCACUAAUAAAGACACAGGCACUGACGAGCCAACAGCCAAUCAGGGUGAGACGGUUCUGAAGACACUGGCCGAGGUCUCCGGGAAGGUGUCUGUUCGUAUUGCAGUGAACACGCCACAGGGGAGUCAACCGCAGGGAGACCUCGCACUGCUCAGAGACUCAGGAGCUGAUAUCAGGACGGUCAACAUGAGAGAACUCACCUCAGGCGUCCUUCACACAAAGUUCUGGGUCGUGGACAAGAGACACAUUUAUAUCGGCAGCGCCAACAUGGACUGGAGGUCCCUCACACAGGUGAAGGAGCUCGGCGUCGUGGUCUACAACUGCAGCUGCCUGGCUACGGACCUGGAUAAGAUCUUUGAGGCCUAUUGGCUCUUGGGGCACAGCCAGUCCGUCCCGUCGCCUUGGCCCAGCAGCUUCGCCACCCUCUACAACAAAGACACGCCCCUCCAGCUGUCGCUCAACAGCACGCCGUCCAGCGUCUACCUGUCGAGUUCCCCUCCGUCCUUCUGUGCAGCCGGCAGGACUGCCGACCUUCAGUCCAUCCUCAGUGUGAUGGAGGACGCAGAGAGCUUCAUUUACAUCGCCGUCAUGAACUACCUGCCCACCAUGGAGUUCUCCAGUCCUAAAAGGUACUGGGCCGACAUCGACACCACACUGAGGCGAGUCGCCUAUGAGAAGCGGGUCACGGUGCGGCUGCUGAUCAGCUGCUGGGGCAGCACCAAACCGGUCAUGUUUUCCUUCCUGAAGUCUCUGGCCUCCGUGUACGACCCAAAGAGCCGACUGGACAUCCAGGUGAGGCUGUUUGUCGUGCCGACCAGCCCCAAGCAGAAGGAGAUUCCCUUUGCCAGAGUCAACCACAACAAGUACAUGGUGACCGAUAAGAUCGCCUACAUAGGGACGUCUAACUGGUCAGGUGACUACUUUGUGAGCACGGCCGGCUCGGCGCUGGUCGUCAACCAGACCGCGUCGCAGGCCCCAGAGCCGACCCUCCAGUCGCAGCUGAGGGCCGUGUUCGAGAGGGACUGGGACUCGGACUACAGCGCCCCUCUCACCCAGCACUCCAACCAUAGGGUCUUGUGUUAGCUCCGUGCAGGGGGGGGGGGGGCACCUUUGUUCCGGAAGCUGCACUUUUGUUUUAGUAUUUGAAGAACGCGGAAACUUCCAAGUUUGAGAAAUGAGACGGCCUCCCGGCGGGGUGUCGUUCACCUGUCUGCUGAGGUCCAAAGGAAGAUCGUAGACUUCCAGUGAGCCCGGCUAAUCAAAGCUUUAGUGCAAACUCGUGUUUGACCGGAGUACUGGGCCAUUGAUUCAGUGAGCUGCCCAGUACUGCCAGUCCCCUGCUGUUAAAGGGUGGUUCUCAGCUGAAUUUCAUUCAUCUUGAUUCAUGGUGAUUAAUAAAUGUUGUUAUUGUUGUAACAUUGUUGUAAGACUAAAUCUUAAAAUGAAUGAGUAAUCACUUUAGAAACCGUGUAACCGGAACCGGAUACAACGGAAAGUAAACACAUGUACAUUAAACUACGUAAAAAUAUUUUGUUGAAUUAAUUUCGGCCACAUUAAUCGCAUAGACUAUAUGUUUAUGUUGACAGCCCUAGGAAUAAGAAGCGUAAAAUACAUGCUUUUACAUUGGGCAGCAGCGAGCAGUUAGUUACAUUUAGUCCCGUGGUUUUGUACUCUGGGGCCACUGUGGUGUCCGCUUCCUUUUAGUCAGGUCUGUUUCAUGAUGAGUCACAGUGAUGAGUCAAGUGGUCCGUUCGUUGAUCACGUUCUAGUUUCAUUAGCAGUUUUAUUGUUACUAUCCCAACUCACCUAAGGGGAAUAACAUUCAUUUUUUUAUGAAACUUUUUAGUCUGCCUUAAUAGCCUGGGAUAAUAAUAGUUAUAAUUCAAGCUGGUGAGCUCUUCCUAAUGUCAAUUCCUGUUAGUGGCACGCUGAUCAAUAUUAGGUUAUGGUCCUUAUCAGCUUACCUCUUAAUACAAAAAUGACUCAAUAAAUGUAUUUGAAUCAAA